CUCCACGCAUCCAUCUCGGCUACACCCAUUCAUUCCCUGAUAUCAACUCAGAAAACGGUAACAACUACGACUCGAAAAGCCAAUUCAGGCCCCUUGACCUUCGAAUACCCUCAUCAGACAGGAAAGGCAUGCCACUUUCAUCUACGCCCUUGAAUCGGUUAUUUUCUCUCGUCGAUCGCUAGCUCUCCCUGGCUGCCUCCCAAAUUUGCCCAAAUCAGCCAUUGUCGCUGAUCCUUGGAAACACGCCACGGCACUUAUAGUAGUAUCACAGAACGGAUCCCUUCCUCAGUUGCUAUGCGACUCUUCGUCAUCCCUAUCUCGACGCGACAAGCUCUAAUCUACGCUCGACCCCUCCGCCGUGGUCCGUCGCAAAAGCCUUCGAUACAUGACCGGGUCAUACAAAAGGCUGCAGAAACAUGGGCGAAAUGGGAGGAGGCCGAUAAGGGCUGGAAGAAGCAUUUGGUCUCCUGGGGUAAUCGGGUGCAGCAACGCAUCCCGUAUCAAGAAUGGGGUCUGAAAAGUAUUCCAUCUCUCGCAGCGGUGCGGCGACUUGAUGAAUCUUACGGGACCAAGAAAGUGGACGUACUAUUCCCGGGGAAUGCUAUUCGGCCAGAAAAGCUACAAAAGAUGCUGCAAGCAAUUGCGACGGAAAGGCAGGACUUGCAUCGCCGAAGGAUGUGGUUGAGCUUGCUUGCGACGCCCUUGACCGCUCCCGUUGGGCUUAUUCCUCUUGUGCCUAAUGUCCCUUUCUUCUACCUCGUGUACCGAGCAUGGUCCCAUGGACGAGCACUUAACGGCUCUAAACACUUAGAGUUUCUUCUAGAGAAGAAUCUCCUGAAUCCGAUAUCAUACCCUGGGCUCGAAGAACUGUACGCGAAGCGCGUAUCUUACGCAUUGGAAAAUACUGGGGUGGACAAACCCAUUGCGGAGAUGGUAGAAGACGUGGAGAAGAGUGAUGACAGGUUACUUCUCCGCAUGACAGAUGCGAAGAAACUAGCCUCGAUACUCGAGGCACCGGAUCUUGCGCUGGAAGCUGAGCGAGCCAUCAUCCAAGUGGAGGAAAAGCUGAAGGCGGAUGCGAAGAAAGAUGCUGAGGAUGGGGCCUCUGAAAAGAAAGAUACAUGAGCAAAGGGGAUAAUUAUGGGAAGGAUUCCUACACGGCAACCAUCAUGGCCCGUGGCUGCCCCAGGUCUUCCGAGGACAAGUCAGUACAUAGUGUUUGUAAAUGGUGCAUGGCGAAUGGAGCUUGGAAGCACACGCCCAGUUAGAGUGAU